AUGCGGAGGUCUGUUGUCCUCUACUCCCUGGGCACGUCGGCAAUCGUAUGCACCGUGAUAUCAACCAUUGUUAACGGGGUAUUCGCGGCAUCGUUUGACAAUGCAGUUUUUGGCAGGGCCCUCGUAGCAUAUAUGGGCUUGGUUGUAACCGUUAUCAGCUCCAUUAUUCUGGGGUUGCUCAUCCUCUCGUUCACUAGGGAUACAGUCAGGGACCGGGAAUUCUGGAAGUCGUGGAGAGGAUUAGAAUUUAUCUUUCUGGGCACAAUCCUUUGCAUAGACCUCAUUGUUGUCGCAAUUUGCCUGUGGUUGUCUGAUUCCUUGCUCAGGGAACAGAAUUCCAUGUCAAUCCCGCGUCGCACCCGGACACUCUACAGCGCUUGGUGUGGUGUUUGGAUUAUCGCCAUCAUCUUCCAGGCAUCAUUCUACAUCGGGCUAGCAUUGCCACAGAAUUAUAAUCCGGCCUUACGAAGCGACUGGAUCUCUCGUAUCAAUUUUAGCACAGCCAGUUUUCUUCUGACCAAUAUGCGAUUAUUAAAGAGAACUGAGAGGAAGAGACCAUCAGUCGCGCUUCAAUGUGUCGCAUCACUACCGCACCAACGCCCUCCCACAGCCAAAGUGGCUUCACACUACAACCCAAAGGAAAUGGAUUCCAAGUCAUCUCGAUAUUCAGGAACUUUAUGGCCCAGUUCGCACCUUUUGAAAGGUUGCCAACAAAACUCCAAGAUCUACCAGUACACGCACAAGUUCCAACCUCACAGAGGCGGCAGCAGCCCGCUGGAACAAGAGCACACAUUCGAUCAGUGGGACACAUCCAGCGUCCCCCGCGAAAUAUACGACGCUCUCCUCGAAUCAACUCUCCAAAACCCAAGUCAUCUCAAUCAAAAAAGUAAUACUAAUUGCAGUGGCAAAGGCGAUAAUGAUCACAAUACCCAACCACAAACUCAAUCCCGCAGCCGAACCUCCUCCUUCACAAGUACAGCCACAACAAUCACCCUCUCGAAAUCCCAGGAUUACCACCAGCAAUCCCCACAGCCCCCCCGAACUCCACAUGAAGACUCCAUCCUCCCCGAAUCUCCAACCCUAGCCUCCCGCUCCCUCUCAAACUCAGCCACGCCCUCCUCUUCCCCGUCCUCUUCCCCUUCUGCCCCGCAGCAGCGCCAGCAACAUCAGCAGCAUCAGAACCAGCAUUGGCUCCCGUACCAACAUCACGAUCCGCUCCCGCUCCCGCCCCCCAUACUCCCCACCCUCCUACGCUCCCAGUCCUUGGAAGGCCACAUCCACCCGCUCUUCCGGUCCAGCAGCCCCGGUCCACGCCCAGCAACCUCCAAGGGGACAGUGGUCGUCGCCUCGCCCGCCGCGGGCCAAACGAUCACGAAGAAGGCGCUGAGUAGGAUUAGGUCUGGCUCGUUCUCAUCUUUUCCUGUGCCGAGUAGUCCGUUGGCGCAGGCAGAGACAAUGGAAAGGCAGAUUGAUGAGGAUAAUGAGAAUAGUGAUGGUGUUGGAGAUUUCGAGGCUGAGGAAUUUGAAGGUGGAGCUGAAAAUGGGCAGGGGGAGGUGAAAGCAUCAGAGAAGCCGAUUCCGCUACCGAUGCCGAUUCCGAGAUUUGUGUUGGCGGAGGGGAAUGGGGGGAGGUGGCUGAAUUAUGAGAGGAGGAAGAGUAGUAAGGGAAAAUAUACAGAUGAGGGAGGGGGGAGGGCGGGGUGA